AUGAUAUGUUCCUAUAAUAUUGUAAACAAGAUGAGAAUUAAUAAAGAAUACGACGAAAGAACGUAUAUGGUUCAAUGGUUUAAAUUGUACAAGAAAAACAUUCAAAAUUUGAAAACAUUUUAUUUUAAUGGUACUUACCCAUUCAGAUCGUUUUCACCCAAAGUUGUACAAUUUAUAUUUAAACUUGCUGAUGAAUGUGGUAUGGAUAACACUGUUAAAUACAAAUGCGUCGAGUUAUAUGAUAGAUUUUUAUCUGAAUAUUUCAUUUACAAGCAUAAGAAAAUCUAUAGUAAACAUUCAAAUAAAUGGGUGAAAUUUUUAAAGCAGUGCAAGAAACAAUCCUAUUUACGAGUUAUGUCGUGCAUGCAAUUGCUGUCGAAGUAUGCUCAACAAUCAUUGAGUCUUAAAUUAAAAGAUAUCAAAGUUAUACUAGAGCGAACUGGGCGUAUGUAUACAAAAAAAUAUAUUCGUUAUUCAGAAGCUGAAGUCUUCCGUAUAGUUGAUUAUAAGCUGAAUGAACCAUCAAUAUUUAUGUUGGUUGAAUAUUUCAUUGACGUGAUCCCAUUCACUACUACGGAUAGUCUGCAUUCUACAUGCUUAUUGCUGACAGAUUUUGUUUAUAUUUAUCAACAAGAGCUUUAUGAUCGGCUACAGUAUCAAAAGACAGGAUAUAGAAUCCAUACUUACAGUGAAAAAUUGAAACUACUAGACAUUGAGUUUGACAAAAUAACUACAGCAGCAGCAGUUGUUGUCACAGCUUUUUACAUAUUGAAUUCAACUGAUAAAACAAAUGAAGAGUUAUGUUUGUAUCUAUCUAAUAUAUGUGAAAAGUCAUUUGACUAUCUGUUAACAAUUUCAACUGUUCUAGUUUCUAUCAUAAACUCAAUUUGA